AUGAGAAAACAACAUUUUUACCACGUGGCAGUGCUACUUAACGCCUAUUCACGUCUUGGUUGCAGCUCACCAACUUUCAUGCCCAUGCAAGCCGAAGAUCUCGACAUAAUAACAAACGAUUUUGUUUGUGACAAUAAUUACUAUUCCAGCCUAAAUGUUCAUAGCUAUUAUAUGACUGGCUGUAAUGAGCUGUGGAAUAGUGAUUCUAGUAAGCAGUUUCCGGCAACGUUGGAAGAUAGUCAUCUUUAUGGCGGAAUACACGGAACUCUAUUCUUAUGGCCAUUGAAGGAUACUCGAGAUACUUCUGACAUAAGGAUUGCUGGGAAUAUCCGUGUUGUCUUCGAUUUUAGGUGUAGGUUCUAUGGCGUGGUAAUGCGUCGGGAAUCCAACUACGAACACUGCAUUGAGUUGUCAGGAAAAAGAAAAGCUAACAAUAUAAGCUCUGACAGAAAGGAAUUUAGGGGCUACAGAUGUAUGGGAACAAUUUUCACAGAAGCAUAUGUUCGAAGCUCUACCAAAGCAUCUUGGCAAGUAAUUCUAGAAAGUCCCAACGUACAAAGAUAUCCUUUCAGAUUUUCAUCGCCAAAUGCGGGUCAAGACCUACACGAAUGGCCCUUAUUUAAAAAUAAUGAAAUCUACGCAGCUAAUAUUAGACACAAACGCCGUCUCCUUUAUUUUGUCUGGCACAAAAAUAAGGGUGAACCUAUACAGGUCAUUUAUAGAUCAAAAAAGUUAUCGUACACUUGCAAAUUCAUAACAAUGAACAUUGUGCCUCGUGCUCACAUUUUUGAUUCCAUCGGCGCCCACAAACUUAUUGUCAAUGAGAACAAGAAAAGCUACGACUGCCAUGGUCAAAUAUUCAUGGAUUACUACAUUAAGGAAAUUCAGUUCACAAUUAGGAACAUACAAGCUGAUGGCGAUUACAACAAAUUCAAAAAGAAUAAAUAUCCUAGACUCAUGAAAAUAAAUCAAAUACAAAGUGAAAAGAUAGUCUGGACUUGGCAUCUUCGUAGUUCAGAAGCAGGGUUCCAGAUGUCCAAUAUCCCAACCAGAUACUUUCUGAUAAUGAGCCACGAAUAUGAAAUUAUUGGAGUAUAUUAUAUGAAGAAUACCUCCUACACGAAAUGUGACGAGAAGUCUGUUCAGACAAUCUCUGAAGCAAAUAAUGUAGUUUCUAGUUUGGACUUAAAUAAUGAUCACCCUUGUUGUGAGCUUUGUAAAGAUCCUACAGGAUGUAGCUGUGAAGAUAACUGGCAUAACCCAAAACGCCAGAAAAUUUCCCAUCAAUUUGAUUGCUAUGGAGAGAGUAGCUUUCAAGAAUCUCUUUCAUAUUAG